AUCGAUGUAAAUCAGUUUAGUUUGUCGCAAAUUCAGCAACCAAAAGCAUCUCUCCCUUCGACAUUCACGGACCGGUGCGUCGCGAGUCAAGUAUUCGAAAGCGUUGAGUUGAGGAAUUGAAGACGACUACACUUACGGCAAGUUGUGUUGUUCCUCUAGCUUUGUCAUCGAAUCGAAAAUUUUUGGUUGAUUUGUGCGAACGAUAGCCACGUGUGCGUGAAUAGUUUUUUAGUUUGUUUUGACCACGUGUGUAGUGUCGUUGUUGGUGAAGGGAAUUUAAGCGAAACGAGCGAAAAUGUCGGGCGGAUUCUUUUUCGAGCACGUAGUCGAGUAUUUUCUUCCGAAAAGUGACGCCGAGAAGAGCAAGAAGAAGAGCGAUCAGAAGGAGGUGCCAAUAAAAAAGUAAACUGUUGAUCUUGUGGAGGCGCGCAGAAGUUAAUAACUCAAGCACACGGGACGUGGUGAGAGAGAGUAAACAAGAUUUACUCUGAUCAUCGAAAACAACAAGCCGAGUGGGAAGCUGUAGCGCGAGCUCCACACCGACACCGACACCGACAGACCAGUGCGAAGUCUACCAACGUCGGUAUCGAACGUUAAUUUGUGCGGUUCGAAAAAAAAAAACUAAAACUAGAGAAAACGAAAAACAGAAACUAUUAUGAUGUUCAAGAAGUACGUUAUGAAGCUAACGAACACCAUCGGAACGGUGGACUAUCUGCGACGGAAGUCUUCGUCGUCGUCGCCGGCAGCCGAUCUAGUUCGGAAGCAGAAGAAAAAAGACAAAUACUCCAAGGCGGACCUGGAACCCGAAUUGGACCUGGAGGCAGACUACAUGCCAAGGUCACGCUAUCCCAGUGCGUGUUCGACGGACAGUGCCAUCACCAGUGCCAGCAGCCACAGUGGAAGUGCCAGCAGUUUGAGUGACUCGUUCGAAUCGUCGGACUCCAACGGGGGAGCCGAAGGCGGGGGCUCAACCAAGCUCGGUCGGCACAGGGACAACGUGCUGGUAUUUGAUCCGGCCCUGCUGGCCCUACCGGCAGCGAAGAUCCUCAUCGCCGAGCUGCGGAACGCCCCGGAAUUGCAACCAUGGUUCCACGGUAACCUGUCCGGCAAGGAAGCGGAACGAUUGAUCCUGGAACGGGGCAAGAAUGGCUCGUUCCUAGUGCGUGAAUCUCAGAGUAAACCGGGCGAUUUUGUGUUAUCCGUGCGGACAGAGGACAAAGUGACCCACGUCAUGAUUCGGUGGCAUGAAAACAAGUACGACGUCGGCGGGGGUCAGAAAUUCAACACCCUGUGCGACCUGAUCGAGCACUACAAGCGCAACCCGAUGGUGGAGACGUGCGGGACGGUCGUCCACCUGCGGCAGCCCUUCAACGCGACGCGGAUCACCGCCGCCGGCAUCGACGCCCGGGUCGAGCAACUGCAGCGGGAAAACGGCAGCCACUGCUACGGCAAGGGUGGUUUUUGGGAGGAAUUCGAAUCUCUACAGCAGCAGGAGUGCCGGCACACGUUUUCCCGGCGGGAGGGCCAACGGAGCGAGAACCGGGUCAAGAAUAGAUAUAAGAACAUUUUACCAUUUGACCACACCCGGGUGAAGCUGAAAGACGUGGACAACUCGCAGUCCGGAGCCGAGUACAUCAAUGCGAACUACAUCCGGCAACCGACGGAAGCCGAGCAGAACGACAUGAACUCGUCGUCGGAGAAUCUGGCCCAGCAGGGCCACCAGAACAACAACUCGACCAGUAAUACCACCUCCAACAACUGCGCCGCAAUCACCUACGCCAGCAUCAACCAGCAGCCGACGAAGAACUGUCAGAGCUGCCAACUGCUGAACAAACCCUGCUCCCAGUGCUCGAUGAAGGCCAACGAGUCCAAGCACAAACGAAACGAUUCGCUCACAUCGUCCCGGUUGCAGCUGCAGAACCAAAACCAGUCGAAAACCACCAGUAACGUCCUGGCCGGCGGCGCCGGCAGCCAACGGGACGAGAAGGAUCUCUUCAAGACGUACAUUGCGACGCAGGGCUGCCUGGCUAACACGAUACAGGACUUUUGGAACAUGAUCUGGCAGGAGAACACUCGGGUGAUAGUGAUGACUACCAAAGAAAUCGAACGGGGCAAGAAGAAGUGCGAAAAGUACUGGCCCGACCCGCAGCAGACGAAGGAAUGGGGCACGGCCAAGGUGACCUGCCUGAACGAGACCAGCACGGCCGACUACACGCUGCGGGAGUUUCUGCUCUCGUGGCGGGGGCAGGACGAGCGGAAGAUCUUCCAGUACCACUUCCAGGUGUGGCCCGAUCACGGCGUUCCGUCGGAUCCGGGCUGCGUGCUGAACUUCCUGCAGGACGUCAACGCCCGGCAGGAACAGCUGCAGCUGGAGGGUUUGGCACCGGGUCCCAUUUGUGUGCACUGCUCCGCGGGAAUCGGUCGAACCGGAACGUUCAUUGUGAUCGAUAUGAUUCUGGACCAGAUUGACCGGGAAGGUCUCGACUGCGAAAUCGACAUCCAGCGGACGAUCCAGAUGGUGCGGUCACAACGCUCCGGCAUGGUCCAAACCGAAGCGCAGUACAAGUUCGUGUAUUUUGCCGUGCAGCACUACAUCCAGACGUUGUUCCAGCGCAAGCGAGCCGAGCAGCAGAGCCUCCAGGUCGGCCGGGAGUACACCAACAUUAAAUAUGCAUGUGAUAGCAAUGAACUGCAGCGUUCGCCUGCCGGUGCUGCUACUGUUGGCGCCCUACCAGCAUCUCUGUCGACACUUAGCUUAAACACAAGACAAGACUUGCAAAACAAUCGCUCGCAUAAUCACACCACUAGGUCGACAUCCGACUCACAAUUACCACUACCGAGGGCUGUGACUGACUUGAACAAUCCUUCAUCAGUAUAUGAGAACAUUCCCAAAGAAUCGCGACCACCACCGACACCACCAAGGAAAUCAUGACAAAUGGAUUUUUAAGGCUUCAUACAAAUUGAAAGAAAGAAAAAAACGAAACACAGCUACCAGCAUGAAUUGGUAGAAUAUUGAAAGAAAGAAAACACGCGGAUCCAAAUGCAAACAAGCCGGCACGCAACGGGCACACACACACAGAAAAAGUGAUACAGAGUAACUCGUGAACGCAACGGAGAAUGGAAUGUUUUAAGUGUAGGAUAAUAUAUAAAUAUAUGUAUACACACAAACACACGUAAAGAAUGCACCUCUCAAUAUAUUCGACGACACACACACACACACACAAACACAAACACUCACGCAGAGAAAUACAACAAAUACACUCAAGAAUCAGAUGAAUGGAAACAUGUUAUGAGAAGGAGAAGGUAUGAGAUUGUUUCAUUGUUUACCUUAUUGAUUGUUUUCCAAACACAUACACACACACACGCCAACAAACAACAGAAACGAGAGAAUAAUUGAGGUAUGGGUGAGAAAGUGGCAAAACAAAAAGUGCAAGCGCGUCGCCCCACCAACACAAAUACAAAUCGCUCCUCUAAAUGCUUGACAAGGCGAAAGUGGGGUCUCAACUCAAAUGUCAUAACAAUUUACGGUAAAGUAGGAGCGUGACCGAGAUGAAUCAGAUUUAUUAUUAGUGUAUCUAGUCUAACAAAUUACAAAAUUUUCCAUUGCGGGAAAAAAACACAAACAAACUGAGCUCUCAACCUAAACGAAACAAAACGAUAAAGAAAAGCGAGUGUAACUCACGUGCUGUGUUAGGGGGAAACAAAAAACAAAAACAAUUGAGAAUUUUAGGGGAGCUCAGCGGAUGUUUAAAUUGAAAAUCAAUGAUAAACACACGGAGAAAGAUAACUAGACAAAAACAAAAUACAAGCUGCAAAUGUGAUUAUGAUUGAAACCGAGUAGGCGUGCUUCAUUUUGGCACAACUAGGAUUGCCCAAAAGGGACCACGCCUGCUGCGAAAUGAAAUGCAAAACAUAUAUGAGAUACUACAUACUAGAAGCGCGCGCGCUCUCGCGGUAUGAAUGUGCGACAAAAUCGUUUGUUUUGGUCUUUUGUUAUAGAGCUUCGCCACCACAGCGCGGGGGCGGAGGAGCAGAACGAGAAUUAGUUUGUAAGGCUUUAUCAAUUGUAUCGCACCGCUACAAUCAUUAUUUUUUUUAUGUUAGGAUCCAUAUUUUUUCUUUGUUUUUAUCGAGAAGAAUCAACACGGAACUCACUUGCUAGACAUUUGGAUUUACACGGAGAGAAAAAUUGCAUCCCGAGACGCGGCAGAAAUGCAGCGGUUUUUACUACGAAAUCUUACUGUAAUGUUAUAUGUUACGAGUUAUUACAAGUGGAAGCAGAAAGAAUAUAUCGAUUUACUUGCAUCGUUUUCGGUUGGGUUGA